AUGCGGCGUCGACCUGACCACCACAGCAGCGCGCGUUUCGACGCGUCUGAGGCUGUGCAGCAAACGCGUUACGGCGAUACAGAGACAGAUAUCGGCGUUGCGCUCGUCAAAUCAGUCGCCGGUCGAGCUCUCAAGUCGCCCAAAGUUCGUCUCGGGUUCGUGCUCUGGGCGGUCGGGCUCUUCUUUAUGCUAUUGGCUCCGGGACUACGGACUGUUACACCGGAGAUGAAGGCGACGUAUGAAGGAAUGGUUGUUGAGGCGGCCAAUAUGCCCGAGUACCACGAAGCUCAUGCCAAGUACACUGGAGCUCAAGCCCAUGCAGACGAAGCCAAAGUCUGGUUCUGGCGGUUCCGCGAGCCGUACAAGACGCUGGUGCAUCAGCGCCAGUCCGAGGCCGACAAGUGGGCAGCUGAGCUCUCGAGGAGGGAACAGGAACAGGAAGACAAGAUGAAGAAGGCUCGAUCGUAUGUCGGUCUCUGGUCCGACUUUGGUCUAGCUGACGUCCGGGCGCGGUUCUGGAGUGCGUUUGAAAAGGGCAAGCUCUUUGCUCAGCAGCAGACUUUUUACCACAUGAUCAUGCGGGUCUUGUCGGCUCGAGAUGAAGACGUGCUGAGCAUGGUGCUCAAUUGGGUCUUUGUGGCCGUGAUGAAUUUCACGACGGGACUGCUGGGUGCGCUCUUUUACUUCUUCUUCUCGCUCGUGAACAUGGUGUUUUCGUACCAGCCUGAUCCACUCAGUGCGGCGACAUUUGUCGUGCUUGGCUUUAUCGGGGCGGCGAGCGUCGUGGCCUCGUAUUUAUUCGCGAUCUACGGUAUGGUGGCGACUGGCGUCUACGUGGUUGGCAAGGUCGUCCUUCGCGAUGCUCUCGAACAGGAACGCCGGCAGCAACUGCGCGGUGGUCGACCGGAAUGGUAG